CUUAGCGCCCCCUGUCUAUUAUGCUCCUCCGCAUUACAACACAUGGACUAAAACGACUGUUUCGUUAACAUGAUCCAGCACGUGUUACAGAGCCUUCUGGAAACGAAGGGUGGCCAUCAUUCGGCUGAAACGAAAAUGAAAGUCUGAGAAAACCACGUCUUCAUGUCGCGGUCUCUGAAUCAGCAUGACGGUGCUCAAAUAUAUUCUCUUCAUCGGAUUGUUUAGCACAGGUGUUCUGGGGUCUGUGGAGGGAAUCCGCUGGCUGCCCUGUCAGCUGGUGGAGGAAUUUUUUCACCGGAACUCCGAGGGCCAUUUAGAAACUAGUUUCCAUCACAGGGAUGUAUUUCUGCAGUUCGGAAAGACCGGAGACCUGCCGGAAUUCCCCGAGGCCGUUACUUUCCUAGUGACAGUCCAUGCUGGGUCCAAGAUGGACAUGCGGCAUUACGCAGACGGGGACCCCGGCGACCUUCGCUGUGAGAUCCGGAGGUACAGCACGGCGGGUAUCCAGGUGCUCUGGAAAGGUCCUGAAGCCCAGGAGGAUGACGUCUGGUUCACCUGUGCACUGCAGCACAGUCAGGGCCUCUUCAGUAUCACCACAUUCCUCAGGCACAGGCCGGCCACCCCCCCCAACCCCCAGGACGACAUCAACAAGUGGAGCCCCAUUGGAGAGCGGGAGACUCUCAGCACAACCGCGGUCAUGCUGGUCCUGACGCGCUCACCCGCCGUCACGUCGGCCCUCAUGCGCGACCCCACACUGCACUGUCAGUUCGCAGUGGACCACAAGCAGCCCGACCUGACCGUGGAAUGGCGCCUGCAAAAACACAGCGAACGCAAGAAGCUGUACAGCUUCAGCAGCCGCUCAGGCACCAGCGAGGGAAGGGGCGUGUCUGUGCGAGGCCUCAGCAACGGCAACGCCUCCCUGCUGCUCCCCCCUACCACCACAGCCAGUGAGGGCAUCUACAUCUGCUCCAUCUACGUGCCCCCGCUGUACGGGAGCCAAGACAUCAGCCUCCAGAUCCUGGAGAGCCCCCGCGUCAGCCUGAAUGUUGGCCCCACCCUUCAGCUGUCUGAGGGAGAGUCACAGAAGGUGGUGUGUGAUGCAGAGGGCUACUACCCACUGGACGUGCAGAUGGAGUGGCUCCGGCAGCACCAGAGCCAGCGUCUCCCGGAGAUUCUGAAGACCGUGCUCUUCUCCAGCCACCGGCACCACCCUGGGGGAACCUACAGUCUCUCUGCCUUCUUCUUCCUGCAGCCGACCGCCAGAGACUCAGGCUACACCUACACCUGCAGGACGUCCCACGCCUCCCUGCGCACCCCCAUACGCAAGAGCUUCACGCUCCUCGUAACAGAGUCUGCAAGCUGGACUGACAUCAUCUGUGGAGUCGGCAUGUUUGCGUUCGUAGGUAUCAUGAUCUACAUUCUGCUUGUGAUGUUGCGUUACCUACAUAGAGCAAAAAAAGAAUCAAAGGUGAGUGAUACUGUUGGUAUAAUUUGCUAUUUCAAGCUCUGAAAUUAAUGACGUCGUGCUCACAUUGUUGUUAUUUGGGGCCUCUGUAGGCUCUGUAUGUGUCUGUAUGGGGCAGUGGCGGCUUAAUGGUUAGCGAAGCGCACUUGUAAUUGAAAGAUUGCAGAUUUGAAUCCCCGACCAGCAAGGCACCACUGAGGUACCGUGAGCCUUAUCCUGCUCCCCAGGCAAUGAAUUAGCUGCCCCCUCCUAUAUCACAUAUGGGUUAAAUGCAGAGGACACAUUUCCUUAUUGUGUGCUGUGGUGUGUCAACAAUUACCACUGAUCACCUAAUUCUAAAUUCUCCCCGCUCACUUUCGGGCCCCUACAGGCUAUAUAUAUGUCUGUAUUCUCCCCGCUCACUUUGGGGCCCCUGCAGGCUCUCUGUAUAUGUCUGUAUUGUCCCCGCUCACUUUGGGGCCCCUGCAGGCUCUCUGUAUGUGUCUGUAUUCUCCCCGCUCACUUUGGGGCCCCUGCAGGCUCUCUGUAUAUGUCUGUAUUCUCCCCGCUCACUUUGGGGCCCCUGCAGGCUCUCUAUAUGUCUGUAUUGUCCCCGCUCACUUUGGGGCCCCUGCAGGCUCUCUGUAUAUGUCUGUAUUGUCCCCGCUCACUUUUGGGGCCCUGCAGGCUCUCUGUAUAUGUCUGUAUUGUCCCCGCUCACUUUGGGGCCCCUGCAGGCUCUCUGUAUAUGUCUGUAUUGUCCCCGCUCAGUUUGGGGCCCCUGCAGGCUCUCUGUAUGUCUGUAUUCUCCUCGCUCACUUUGGGGCCCCUGCAGGCUCUGUGUAUGUCUGUAUUCUCCCCGCUCAGUUUGAGGCCCCUGCAGGCUCUCUGUAUGUCUGUAUUCUCUCUGCUCACUUGGUCUCUUUCUUCAGAGAAAGCCGUACUGAUGCUCUGAGGACCAGACUGCCAUGCUAAGGACACAGCAGAUGGUGAACAGACCUCCACCACCUCAUCCUUGCUGUAAAGAGGGAAUGUGGGUUACAGGACAGAGCAGAGGCCAGAGGGCUCUGGUUGGGCUUCGGGAUAAUAAGGGCGGUGGGUAACAUGCAGAGACUCCCAGUGUAAUUCUACCAGCUGAUAUCUUUCAUUUGAUCAGAUGAUAAAUAAUGGACCUGAUUGGGCUGAGUUGUUCAAAUUUCUGAAAGUGUCGAGUAAAUAACGCAGCUUUGCUGGUUCCCGAGUCCCCAGGAGAUCAGAAGGUAGCAUUAUCCUAAAAUAACCUGCUUAAACAUGCAGGUGUCUCAUUAGUCAUAUGCAUGUGGCUCCUGCGAUUCAUGUUCAGUUAAUGAUUGAUACAUACAGGAACUGAAAGCAAUGUCUGUCAGAGGAAAUACUUGAUUCUUACAAUUUUACCUUAAGUGUGUAUUAUAGUAGAAUUAAAAAAUAAAUAAAUAAAAUAUGUGUAAAUAUCA